AUGGCUGUCGAGCGUAUUGGUUCCAUCAUCAAGCAUCUGGCCCCAGGGUCAGCGAUUAAUCAGAUUCAGUCUAAGAAUCCUGAUGACAUCGUCAUUACUCUUGCGGUUCGAACGCCGCUCACCAAAGCUCGCAAGGGCGGAUUCAAGGAUACCAGCCUUGAGUACAUGAUGUAUGCUCUUUUGAAGCAGGUUCGCGAGCGCAGCAACCUCGACCCAGCUCUGGUUGAAGACGUCUGCUUUGGCAAUGUCUCCGAUGGCAAAGCUGCCUACAAGCUCCGCGCUGCGGCUCUUGCUGCUGGCUUCCCCAACACUGCCGGAGCCAGCACCGUUAACCGAUUCUGUUCCUCUGGCCUGAAGGCAAUUGCCGACAUUGCCCACUCCAUCUCAAACAACUCUAUCGAGGUUGGUAUUGCCGGUGGUGCCGAGCUCAUGUCCGCCCCCGGCGACCGUCUUGAGCAGCCAUUCGACGAGACUAUUCUCAAGGAAAGCCAAGAUGCUGCCGAUUGCAUGCAGCCUAUGGGCUGGACCAGCGAAAACGUCGGCCGCGACUUCAACAUUCCCAGGGAAGAACUGGACAAGUACUCUGCCGUGAGCUUUCAGCGCGCUGAGAAGGCCCAAAAGGCUGGUUGGUUCGAUGACGAGAUUGUGCCCAUCACCACCAAGGUCAAGGGUCCUGACGGCGAGGUUAAGGAAGUCACUCUCACCAAGGAUGAGGGUAUUCGACCCGGAACAACCGCCGAGGGUCUUGGAAAGAUUCGAGCUGCCUUCCCUCAAUGGGGACCCCUGACCACGGGCGGUAACGCCAGUCAGGUUACUGAUGGAGCGUCUGCUGUCAUUUUGAUGAAGCGAUCUACUGCCGUUAAGCUCGGCCAGCCCAUUCUGGCCAAGUACGUCGGUUCUACUGUUGCCGGUCUUGCUCCCCGCAUUAUGGGCAUCGGACCUAGCGUUGCUAUUCCCAAGCUGCUCGCCAUUCACAACAUUGCUCUUGCUGAUAUCGACGUUGUCGAGAUCAACGAGGCUUUUGCCACCAUGGCCGUCUACUGCCGUGACAAGCUGUCAGUAGACUGGGAGAAGAUGAAUCCUCGUGGAGGUGCUAUUGCCCUUGGCCACCCCCUGGGUACCACCGGUGCCAGACAAGUCGUGACUGGAUUGAGUGAGUUGCGACGCCAAAAGAAGAAGAUCCUUCUUACUUCUAUGUGCAUUGGUACGGGUCAGGGUAUGGCUGGUCUCUUUGUGAAUGAGGCCGCAUGA